GUGACGUCAGUGGGAAAUCCCACGACCCAACUGGAUGUCGCAACUCGCAACCGCACAGGAACUUACGCCAUCAUACACAGACACGAUCGGCGAUCACUUGGGCGACUUUGAACGGCGUCCGCGCGCUUGUUCUUUUCACGAUUACGCCGAACGGAUUUCGGGCUCAGCGAGCGACUGAGUGCGCGUGCGUGCGGGAUGUGUCAAGUGUUCGCCUCCCGCUGCCAUGCGGUUCCCUUUGGGCACGCCGAAGUCUCGGUCCCCUCCGGACCGUGACGCGCUAGAAGACGCAUGCCACCAACUCGCGCUCAUGACAUUUGUCAUCUUGCUUGUACCUUUGCUGGUUGCCACGGUGACGGCAGAACUCCACCCGGAUACCGGCCCGCCAGGUAGGCACCCGGCGCUCCGACGACUGGAAACAAACACAGAAGCGAGUCACAGAAGUUCGGGGACGAGGUGCCAAGACUGGGACGAGUCGUGGUCCGAGGUCGUGCGCGUCCUGGAGGGUGAGGCGGCGUGGGUGCGUUGUCCCCUCUCGGGCCACCCGGCCCGAGACAACUCGUCACGCGACCUGACGUGGUACCGCCGCCUCCGAGGACAACACCUUGAACGGCCAAUCACGCACAACGGGCGUCUGAGCAAAGAGCGCGACAGGUUGUGCUUUCAGCCGGCGGCGGCCGACGACUCGGGCUGCUACGCCUGCCUGCCACGGGAGCGGUCAGCGGGCACCGAGACGUGGGUGCGCGUGACGGUCGUCCGCCGGCCGCAGGUGGCGCCGGGGGACUCGAAAUGCGAGCGGCCGCUCGCCGUGGCGCCCGAUCAGGUCGUCGUGGCCUUGCAGAGCGACCAGAUGCUGGAGUGCCCCGACCGGCGAGAGGCCGCCGACAUGGCCGACGCCCCGCCCGCCGUCACCUGGUACCACGCGUGCUCGCGGUCCGACCACUGGACGAGCGAGCGCGAGCAGGUGGGCGCUCAUCUUCAGAUUCACAACAUGGUGGACCACUACCAGGGGUUGUACACGUGCCAGGUGCACUACCGGAGAGGCGGCCGAGCGCUUCAUUUCACGCGAGGCCUCAACGUCACCGCCGUCUCGCCCCCUUUCCUGCCCAAAGAGCCCAGCGUGCUCCAACCGACAAGCGAGCACGUCUUCCGCGUCAAACGAGGCUCGUCCGUGCGUCUGGUGUGCAGGGGACGCUUUCCCUACCUGGACCGGGACUCGGACCGGGCCAUCUGGUGGAGCGUGGACGGCAACGCGGUGCACGGCCAGCCGGCGGAUCCCCGUUUCUCCGCCAGCAACAAGUUGGUGAGCAGCAAAUACGGAGAUCGCGUCGAGGAGAGCGUCCUGCUGAUCCGGGACUUUGGCUCCGAGGACCUGGGCAAGACCUACAACUGCUCCGUGAGGAACCGGCGAGGAUUCCAGACGCGCAGGGCGCAGCUCCGGGAGGAAGCGUGGGUGCCGUGGUUGCAGGUGGGCUGCGGUCUGGCCCUGAUCCUGGCGCUGUCGCUGGCCGUCUCGGCGCUCUGCGGCGUCUUCCGACUGGAGCUGCUGCUGCUCUACAGGUCCCGCUUCGGCGCCGACGAGCGGCACACGGACGACAAGGAGUUCGAUGUGUACAUCUCAUACGCCAGGAACAGCGAUGAGGAGAAGUUUGUUCUGAGGACACUGCGCACAGUCCUGGAGAACCAUCUGGGUUACACGCUGUGCAUCUUUGACCGAGACAGCCUGCCGGGCGGGACCAUCACGGAUGAGACUCUGCGCUUCGUGGCGCGGAGUCGCCGCCUGCUGGUGGUGUUGGGCCCCGGCUACGCCCGGCAGGGCUCCCAGGCGCUGCUGGAGCUCAAGGCGGGCAUGGACGGCCUGGCCGGCGGCCACCUGCGCCUCAUCCUGCUCCAGUACAAGCGCGUGCGGCGGCGGGAGUGGGUGCGCGAGCUCAGGCGGGCGCGCGUGGCCCUGGCCGUGGUGCGCUGGCAGGGCGAGCGCUCGCGGGAGAUGACGUCGCGCUUCUGGAAGAAGCUCAGGCUGGAGCUGCCCGUCAGGAGGACGCACGCGGGGCACGGGGAGAGCGGCGCCGAGGCGGGGCUGGUGAGCCCGCCCGCCGGCCGCCGGGCUCCCCUCGACCUCGAGGGCUCAUGAACGCCCGUCCGCCGCUUUUCAAAAGGCCUACUACUUCUUCUUUCGGAUGACUUUGGGGGAGAGGCGGCGGACACCCUGGACUAGUCGCUCCGCAAACAGACCGGUCGCCCAAAUGGGGAAACCAAACCUCACAACUGCGAUAGGGCUGCACCGUGCAGGCAAAUGUGCGAUAUGGGUGUGGACUCUCGUCUUGAUUUUUUCGUACGGCAAAAUGAUCGGGCCUUUUUAAAAAUAAAAAUAA